AAAACUCCUCCGUAAAACCCUUUCAUUUGCAUUUGGGAAUCGAUUGCUCUUCUUCGUAGUCGCCUUUGAAUUCGCAGUUAGAGAUGGAUGCUUCAGAUUCGUUUUACUUUUGCUUCCAUCAUCGGAUCAACUAAGGAUUGCAGUUUUUCUGGUAGAUUAAGUAGAAAUGAUAUGUUUAGAGGAUACAAUCCUUAGUUUUGAAUCUUAAAGUUGAAUACUUUGAAGAGUUCUCUUUCAUUUUCAUCUAAUGAGUUUUGUGUUAAUGAUCGGUUGUGAAUUGCAGAGUGAGAAGCAAUGAAGGUGAGAUCAUCUGUGAAGAAGAUGUGUGAGUUUUGUAAAACAGUGAAACGUCGUGGACGUGUGUAUGUUAUAUGCUCUUCCAAUCCUAAGCACAAGCAAAGACAAGGGUUCAGUUCCUUUGCUUAUGAAGGAAUUACACCUUCCCCUUUGUUUGCUGAGCCGAUUGCUAGUCAGGAGUUGGUGAGGCUGCCUGGUCAGGGGGUAUCAGCCGGACUGGCAUCACUUUUACACAAAAGGCCUAUGCCAACAGCGUAUUUCGGAUGGAGGUCUGGUCUUGCAUCCAUUCUCUUCAAACAAGGAAAUUAGGAUGUCAGCAUUUCCCUUUUUAUUCUUCAGAUUUGUAAUCGCAGUUUUCUUCCAAUUCCUAUGAAACAUUAUUGUAUAUCUCUCCACUUUUACUUUGGUCAGUCGUAUGCUCCUUCGAGACCUGUUUGAUUGUGCCUCGCAUGACCUGAACAAAGAGAUAUAUUAUGACACUCGAGUAUUUGUUUUUACAUUUUCCACUGGAGCAUAUGUUAGGGAUCAAUAUGUUUUUCUUUUAG